CAACAUAUUGUUGGUGGAUACAGAGAGUAAAGAUGGAGGAUCACCAGCCAACUUCCAAUGAACUUCAGGAGGGACUUCAAGCUCUGACAGAAGAAAAUUUGCAGCUGCGUGACAAAAAUGAACGCCUUUUCACUAAAGUGGGCUACCUGGAGAGCAGACUGGGCCACCUGGCCAGCUCCAGCACUGACCUAUCCUGCAGGCUGGUCCAGAGUGAGGAGGAAAAACUGAAGAUAUCUAAGGAGCUUGUGGAGGAGAAAAUUCACGUAAAUAAGAUGAGAGAGCAGUUCGAAGAAGAGACGUUUGAGCUGAAAAACAAGAUACUGAAUCAAGUUGGUGUAAUAACAGAGCUGGAAAUGGAGCGAGAAAAGUUAUUCAGGGAACUCCAGGCAGCUGAGGCCCGUCUGAAAGUGGGAGAGAAAAGCGGCCAAGACCUGACAGGGGAGUAUGCCACACUGAAGAAGAAGUACCUUGCUCUAGCCGAGGCCCAUGAUAGAGAGCUGGCCCAGAGUGAAGAGCUUAGUGCUGAGCUGCUGGCGCUGGCCCAGGCCCAGGACGCCCUCCGUAGGCAGCUGGAGGAGCAGCAGCAGAGUGUGAAGACUACCACCAAGGGCCUGCACGGUGAGCUGGACAGGGUGCGGGCCUUGAUCAGCCGCAUGUCGCAUAACAGAGUCAAGCUUGAGGAUCUGGCAGCUUUGGAAAAGGAGCAAAAAACUAUGAAUAAAACUCUACUUGGAAACCAAGAUGACAUCAAAGACAAGCUGGAGAAGAUGAGGAAUAGCUAUGAGGAGCAGCAGAGGAAACUGGAGGAGAAAGUGGUGGCAAUGGGGAAAGAGCAACAGGAGAACAAGAGAGCGAUCCGUAAUAGCCAGCAAGAACUCUCUGAGCAGAGAGCGGCCCUGAUGUGCUCUCAGAGCCAAGUGAAGGAGGUAGAAGAAGAGAACUCAAAGCUGCAGCUUCAAAUCAAGGAGCUGAAUGAACAAUACCGUGCCAGGCUUGUGUGCUAUUUAAAGGACUUAGCUGACUACAUUGACGGACAUGGAGAAGGUAAAAGCCCUUCUGAGACUUCAGCGAUGAGGGCAUUUGUAGAAAGCAUGCUCCAGGAUGUUCGUUCAUCCUACAGGGUCAGAGAGGAACAGCUCGCUGCUGCUGCUCGCUCCUAUAAGAAGAGGCUUCAGAAGAUCACCAAGACCCAUCACGCUCUCCUUAUUGCGUACAGGGUUCAGAGGGAGCAGGUCUUGGCCAAACCUGACAGCGGUCUUGACCCUGGACCUCCAGAAGCCCACUUCAGCCUGGAGCCGACCGAGCUCCGAGAUGAAACGGAGAAGGAGCUCCAGCACCUUCGCCAGGACAAAGCAAGGCUGGAGGGUCAGCUGCAGAUGGCUCAGGAGCAGGUGGCUGUCCUCAAAAUGCCUGUUGGAGAUUUCAGCCUUCAGGAGCCGUCCAAACUGAAGGAGAUAUGCGAGGAAUCCUGGUCAGACAUCAGGAAACAGCUGAGGGAGAUGACAGACUCUACGCUGGUGGGCUUUGAGAAGGAACGUGCCAUCCUCAUCACCAGAGCAACAGUGGCAGAGGCGCAGGUGUCGGAGUUGCAGGACUACAUUGACAACCACCUGGGCAGCUGAUGAACAGAGGAAGCUGACAGACGAGGAAAAAACGAGGAGAGACAAAACGGAGUCUGUCCUCAGACUGAGUGACUCUUCAAUAGAGGUGGUUUCUUUCCGCAGUGAACUGUGUCGUCCUGUCCGGAGAAGUGCAGACGAGCGAGAAACCAAAGGAGAGAUUGAAAAGAGGAAAAGGGGAACUUGCAGAAUAAUUAGAGCAUGGAGGAUAGUCCUGAUUUACUUGACACAUUCAUGCAUGCACACAUAUGCAUGAGUGCAUGCAAGCACUCAUACUUUCCUUCUAUAUACACGUUCACACACAUAGACACACACUCAGACACACACACGAAAACACGCAUUCAUACAUAGUCCCAACUUAAGGAUUUUGGGCCCGUAUCUGCACAUGUAUUCAGGCUAAUCAGGGCCUCUUCACAGACAGAAAGCAAAGGGGUCACUCAGGGUGAGAUGUUUGUGAUGGAAAUUUGGACGGCAGGCGUAUGAAAACAAAGCUAGAGACAGGACGCCCCAGAGACGACAUACUUUACACAUGAGAUAACACACAUUGAGGAGUUACAAAAAAAAUAAUCUUAAAAUAGGAUCACAAAACCUCUCUCAUUCAUAUUACUGACAAAGAGCUUCACUGCAGCCACUUUCACGAAAUUAUAAGAGAAUAGUUGGAUUUGGAAAAGAUUUUGUCUGUAGAUUUAAUCCUGAGAGCUGCGAAGGAAAAACAUUUUACCAAGUUCUAAGAUUAGAAAUAGCUUUAAGGGGAAUCCUUAUAAACAAAAACACAAGGUUAAGAAAUAAACCUAUCUUGAUUUUGAUGUUGGUUACACAGCAGAAUGCUUUUAUAAGACUUUUUCUAAAAUUGUUCAGAACGAGAUGUUUCCUUCCUCUCUUGCCUCAAACAAUGAAUGUUACUCUAUUUUCAGCUAUUUUCCUGCUCUGCAUCAAUCAAGGACAAGCAAACUAUUCCACUGAUGGCAUAUCACUGCUCUUGCGAAGGAAUGACCGGGCCAAAGUCACACCUUCACCCCUGUAGCCCAGGACUCAUAGCUUUUACUGGGCAUAUAACGCAUAGAUCGGGGGCAUUCGAUGGAACCGCAGUGCCUCACUGAGAAAUCACACAAAGAUGGGAUUUAAUGGCCCUUCGAUUGAGCGAUUUUGAAAAGCCAACCUCUGACCCCCAGCACUGACCCCUGGUAACCCCUCCCAUCCUCCAGGGUCCAGUGCUUGUCAUUGGUCAUUUGUCAAACUCCUCACACUGAUCUGAUUACCGUCCAAUUUGGGAUCUGCCGACUACACACUUCUAGGAUCAAGACAAGCUGCUUUCAGCAACUUUACAUGACAACAAAUAGCUGGAUUGUUGCAGGAAGAGUAAAGGGACAAGUAUUUGUUCUAUUCAGGCAAGAGAGAUGGACAAAACUUUGGAUAGACGACAACAUUGGUAUCUACUAAUGGCUAUACAAUACUCUCAUCUAAUGAAGAACUGAUAAAAAAAUAAGACUGGCCUUAAAAUCGUUCACACUAUAAUCAUGUUUCAUACUGAAUCAUGGGUAGACAAAACAAAGACGAGGAUGUAAAACAGAAGAGGAGAAGAAAUAGAUGAAUCAUCAAAUGAAUCAUCCAAACUAAACAAUGUGUCACAGUGAUCCCAACCUCAUCUAAUGAUUAACAGCAUCCAGAUACAUGAAACUCUUCUGUGUUCAUCCUUCAAGUAUGCCAGUAUUUAUGUUAGUCCAUUGUGUCCACACAAUGUAGACUUUGCUAAAAACUCUCUGUUUUGUAUUCUAGAUGAUGCCGCAAAUUACAAUAAUAUUACAAAAGGUACAUUUACAUUACAUUACAUUAGUACUCAAUGAUAAAGAUGCUUUUGAUUGACUGUAUGCUUCUUUCAUUUGUAAAAACAAGAUUCCA